AACUAGAAGUUGAAAACACGCACUCACACACCGUGUUUAGCCAUUUUCGGCUACACCCACAACACCAUCAUCACAUUCUUCCACUUAAUUGUUGGAGAAAUCUAGAAAAAAUCACUCUCAAGCGGGUGCGUAUGUGGGUUUAAUGGCGAAGAAUGAGGCGAUUGAAGGAAUUCCGAAUGUGGACAUGGCUACGAUGACGGAAUUGAAGAAGGAAUUACGACGAAUUGUUCAAUUGAUUGUUGAGGAUACUUCGAUCGAAGAUGAAAAUGAGUUUCGAUUCAUGGAGUUUGUUGAGAAAUCGAAUAAAAUUUUGCAGGAUUUGAAAAUUUUGAAAGAGGGAAAAACCCCAAAUCAUCGAUCAUGUCUGAAUAACAAUGGCGGUACGACGUCGUAUCUCGCUUCUUGUCCUCAACAAUUUCGUUGUCCUCUUUCUAAAGAACUCAUGAGAGACCCUGUUAUCAUCUCUUCCGGCCAGACAUAUGAUCGACAUAUGAUUCAAGAAUGGUUGAAAUCUGGAAACAGAACGUGUCCAAGAACUCAAGAAGUUCUUUCGCAUACGAUUUUAACACCAAAUCAUUUGAUUAAAGAUCUGAUAACACAAUGGUGCAAAAAUCAUCAUGUUCAAUUUCCGAACCCUCUUCGAUACUCGGAUGAAUACCCGUUAGUUGAAGCCGAUCGCAAUCUUUUCAUCGAUCAAAUAAACAAACUAUCAUCCACAUUGUCUGAUCAGAAAGAGGCUGCGAAAACGUUACGAUCAUUGACAAAGAGAACACCGUCUUUCCGUGCAUUAUUUGGUGAAUCCGAUGAAUACAUACGUCAACUGUUAAUCCCGUUGCAAUUCAAGUCCCAAAGUGAAAUCGACAAUGAUCUUCACGAGGAUCUGAUCACAACCCUUUUGAAUGUUUCUAUACACGAGAGUAACAAGAAACCUGUGGCCGAGACACCGAUGGUUAUAUCUGUUUUAAUGGACGCUUUGAGAUCGGGAAAAAUCGAAACUAGAAGCAAUGCGGCUGCUACCCUUUUCACGUUAUCGGCUAUCGAUUCGAAUAAGUCGCUCAUAGGGAAAGCCGGUGCUCUGAAACCGCUGUUUGAUCUUUUGGAAGACGGGCAGCCAUUAGCGAUGAAAGACGUAGCUUCUGCGAUCUUUAGCUUGUGUAUGGUUCAUGAAAACCGAUCUCGAGCUGUUAAAGAUGGUGCGGUGAGAGUUCUUUUGGACAAAAUUGUGAAUCAGGUUCAUGUGGACGAGUUGUUAGCCAUCCUUGCUAUGCUUUCGAGCAAUCGAAAGGCGAUGGAGGAAUUGGGCGAUUUUGGGGCGGUUUCUAUCUUGAUUUCGUUGAUUAAAGAGACUAAUUGUGAACAAAACAAGGAGAAUUGUAUCGCCAUUCUUUACGAUAUUUGUUAUAACGAUCGAACGAAAUGGAAGGAGAUGAGGGAAGAAGAGAAGCGUUAUGGCACUCUGUCUGAGCUCGUUCAAAAUGGGACGUCGAGGGCUAAGAGAAAAGCCGGUGGCUUACUUGAUAGGAUACGAGGUUCGGUUAACCGAACCCACACCACGUGACGUGAGUCGGGUAGGUCCUAAAAGUUUUGUAAAUUCGACAUGCCGAUAUGUCCGGUUCGAGUUCUCGUUAACGUUUUUGGGUUCAAUUUUGUAAAUUCUUGUGAAAACUGCGCGUAUAAUACGAUGAUAUAAUAGUGU